UCGCAGCGGGAAGUAUAUGGGUGAUGCUUUGCGCAACGAGCGUGCUCAGUUUGUCAGCAGCGUUCGUCAGAUGUAGAGGUGAUAAUUUAAUGUUCGAAACAAAUUUCAUCGGCCGCGAUAGAUAAACUUUCGGUUCAAGAGCGCGCGGUUUUGUAUUUCUUCCGCCACUGCUAAAGCGGUUGUCGAUUUUUGUCGAAACAAGCAGUAGUUUCAAAUAUUCACAUUCGAACUACAAUGUGGUAAGCCUGAUUACAAAUAGCCGCUCUAUAGUUUGCUUGAAACCAUUUUUAUUUGAUGGAGAAAUGAAACAAGAAUCCCGUUUUCCACGGGAAAGUGUAUGCGAGCUGUAAACCGGAGCCUGGAAUAAAGGUCGAAAAACUGUUCGUGCCAAGAGAAAACAAACGUGAUGAUAAAUAUAGAUUUUUCGUCUGUGGACUUCACUGAAGCGUAAAAAAAAUCUAUCGAUUUUUAUAGCUAUGUACGAGUAGUUAAGGAGCCAACGGAUUUAAGAUGGAAUUGAAACAGUGCUUAGAAGAGAUUUGAUGAAUUUCGUGAGGAAAGCGCUAUUGCAGAUCGAAUGCAAAAUACUUUCGUUGGACUAAUUUUAUAUGCUCCCAUUCAAUUGUCGCGGGUGUUUCUGAAUACUAAAGUGCAUGUGAAAAUGAAACUGUCUAUUUUUAUAGUAACCGCUACGAUGUGAUAGUGCAUUUUACGAAACUAAUUUGGUGCACAUACAAAGUGUAAGAAAUCGGAUGCAAAAUGCUCGAAAUUGAGUACCCUUUGAUUGGUUAGAUAAAAGAAAAAAAAACUUACGUAGUGACAGGCUAUUUGCUGGAGGAAAGAACAUGCAGCCUCUAUCCAGGAAUCAGAACAGUCUACGUAAGGUAUUAGUCAGAUGCAUAACGCGCAAACUCGUUUACUGAGAACUCGUCGAAGCGAAACACGCCACUGCCAAUUUUAGUGAAUCAUUUUUUAUUAAAUUUUUCUAACCCUGCAAUUACCCAGCAGAAAACCAUUUUUCCUACCGUCAUUUAUGGACUGACUUCAGUGUAGUUGUACAUACACGAAUGGAGGCAACGAAAUCUUGCAUCUAUCUCAGAUACAAACAGAAAGUAGGUAGAACCAGCAAUAACUAAAAGAAAAGAUCAGAAACCAAGACAAUCGUAUAGAACUGGACGAGAGUUUGGAUGCUAACAACUCUUGCUGUGGUUCGGCUAGCGGUGCAAAGUACAUACUUAACGAAGGCGAAAACCACGUGGUUCUGCUCGUUGUUUAUGCUAAUUUUAUACGCGGGCACUGUAAAAUUAACAACAGUGAAAGAAAGUGAAAUUGUAGUUUGUGAUGUGAAAAAAACUUAUAAAAAAUAGGAAAUAAAUAUUUUCUCUUUUUGAACAACCGUCUGCUGACAAAUAAUAUUCCGAACAAAAGCCUCUAUGCGAAGAUGCUGACAGAAAUAUAUAUAUACAAGCAAAAGUAAAACCUCAUCGAGCAAACGGUGUCAGUAAAAGAUAAGGAAAGCGAAGAAGCUAUACGAGUGGAUAUAUUGAUUUUAUGACCAAUUGUGUGGUGAAAGUGAAUUCCGAAUAAUGAAGUAAAGGUUAUAUUAAAUGUGUUUAGCACAUGGUUUAUAAAUUCAAGACCGGACACAACGAGCAGAUAUGACCCUGGAACUGUUAUUAGUGACCGCUGCCAUAGUGGCUGUGUUGGGCUAUAUUCUAUUCGUUCGGACUCGGAUGCGAGGAAAAAGUGACUCAUCGAACCGGAACGAUAAGAAAGCCGACGGGAAGCAACAGAAAAAUCAUGAUCACGGCACGGUAGACAACGAGCCCAGCUCGGCAGCUGCUUCCGGUACUGCGAUGAACAAGACCGGCAGAAAAGCUGCAGCUUCCGCCGUGGCAACGAAUGUGAAGAAACAGCGCACAGCUGAAGCCAACUAUCAGCAUCCAUGGCUGUACACGACACUCAAGGGCCACACCCGCCAGGUGCUCGAUAUGGACUUCUCCAGAAAUGGGAAAUUUCUAGCAACAUGUGCGGAAGAUGCGCCUUCAGCUGGGUCGAGCGGCAGCAAUCAUUCAAUUAAUGGUAAUAUUAAUGAAAAUGAUGAACAAAAUGCUACCACGCGCUCGCUAUCGCCUUCGUCAUCGUCGUCAUCAUCGUCGUCUUCGGCCUUCAACAGUGUUAGCGAUGGCAAAGUGACCAACGAUGUUAGCAGUUGUUCAGGUGGUGGUAGUGGUGCCACCAGUGGCAGCACGAGUAGUAGCAGUUGUGGCAGUACUCAUGGUGAAGACACGCCAAAUACUCAAGGCAGGACUAAGAAACAGCGCAAAUACACGAAAAAGAAACAAUAUAAAAAACAUGCUAAUAAUAGCAACGCUAACAAUGGUAACGUAAAAAAGCUGACAUCGUCGUCGAUCACUAGUGGCGACGUUGGCAACGCACUACAAGAUGAUCACAUUACACACUCGAAAUACUAUUACAACUCGUCUGCAUCAUCUUCGAGCUCGUCGCUUGCAAUUCAUACAUCGAAAUCAUGCUCACCGUCCAAAAGCAUGAACAUCAGUCAACGUGAAGCGAUCAGUUCUGCAAACGCAUUAUGGCCAUCAUUGCCAACGCCAGCAUCAUUGGUAAAAACACCUCAAUUAUCCGCUUCUAACAAGAUAGAUAAAAACACUAGUUACCAGCAAGGUCGUACAGAUUUGAGUGGUAACAAUAAUACUCGUGGGGUUGCAGUACAGCGAUCAGAUAGAAAAUAUUACAAAGGAAACACAGCUGACCAUUUGAGUUCAUCCGUAACUGGUGGUCCAGCAGCAAGUAUAACGAAAACUUCACCAUUACGUCAAUAUAUCAAGUUGAAUCUUCACGAGAACGAUCUGGUCAAGUAUCUUCGCAAAUAUAUUCUUGACAAAGACGUGAUGAAACAACUUGGAUUCCCCAUGGAAUAUGAUCUGGACUCGAACAAAGCGAUCAUCUAUAAGUUUCCACACGAUUUUUUCCGUCCGGCACAACUUUACCCGACGUCUGCCGCCACUGUGGUGACUGAGGCAAAGAAGCGAAUAAUUGCUACCGAAGCAGACAAAAGUGACGACAAUGACAGCGGGCAGGGAAGUGGAACUUCCUCGCCAACCAAUAUCGAUGACAAUGAUGCACUGCUAAUGUAUCGGCUAUCGAGUAAGUCAACGUCCCUGGACUCAUCACUGAGUGCAGAUAUGCAACUACAACCGAGUGAGGAACGUGAAUGUUGUCGAUGCGGCAAAGGAUUCUUCACCACCUGUGACGGAGAGUACCUAACACAAGAACAUUGCAUUUAUCAUUGGGGACGAUUAACACGUGUUUUCACUGGUCUCGAAUUCAUAAAAGUAUACUCAUGCUGUAACGGAAACGUCGAUGUGAAAGGAUGCACAAUCAACAAACUCCAUGUUUGGACAGGGCUGCAGUCCGGCUUUAAUGGACCUUUUGAUGGAUUUUUAAGAACACAGCCGUCACCAAGAAAGAUGAAGAAGAUGGAGGAAUUGCUUCUCAAUAAGUUCUUCUACAACAACUUUAACGAAGAUUGUGUUGAUUCGUUACAUGAAAGUCUGGUGGACGAUGACGAGAGCGACGGUAUCUUCGCGCUCGAUUGUGAAAUGUCCUACACUGGUAGAGGUCUGGAGUUGACCAAGGUGACAGUUGUAUCGACGGACGGUUCACUAGUGUACGAAAAAAUUGUUAAACCAGAUAUUGAGAUAGUCGAUUACAACACUCGCUAUUCGGGUGUCACAGAGGCGGACUUUGCCAAACCAGGCAACUAUGUCACUUUAAAACGAGUACAAGAAGAUCUCUUACGCUUUAUCUAUGAUGAUACAAUCCUGAUAGGUCAUGCUAUCGAGAAUGAUCUGAAAGUAUUAAAACUCAUCCAUAAAACUGUGAUCGACACAUCCAUCACGUUUCCGCACAUGAAUGGAUUCCCUUUUCGACAGUCACUCAAGUCACUUACCAAAAACAUUCUCAAGCGUGACAUCCAGAUGCAGGGGACAUGUGGCCCGAUAUACUCGCGGUCGCAUCAUACUAAUGCUGAACUAAUAUGUAGCGGCAGUAGUAUCAUUAAAAGUAGUAGUAGCAGUAGUAGUAAUAGUAAUAGUAACGAUAGUAGUAAUAAUGCGAGCUGUGACAACAGCAAACGCAUUAGUAGUAAUAAUAGUAUUACCAAUUUGCUCGGCCACUGUUCCCUGGAGGAUAGCCGAGCUAGUUUAGAGCUCAUGCUUUGGCGUGUACGCAAAGACAAAUCAGUGCACGAUAGUAUCUGGAACGCCAAUGGUUGUUAUCGAUUGCAAAAUAAUUAAAAGAAAAUGCUGUGAUUUUUUUUUAAAUUAGGUAUCUUUUUUUAUUUUAGUCUAGUAAAACAUCACAAGAGAGAUCUGUGGUACAUUACUUAGUAGUGGUAAAUAAAACAUACGGAGGUAGUCAUUUUACUUCAACCAUCGGAAUAUGUUUAUUUUACUAUUGUAGAAUACUGCCAACCUAAAAACUUUCUGCAGUGUAUAUCUUGAACUAAUUGGCAAAACAAAUAUAAUGCCAUGAAGCAUCGCUGUGGGUUUGCUGUCAGUAAAACUAAAAAUCUCAGUUAACAUAUUCAAAUUACUUAUAAAUAGAAAAAAAACGUUGUCCCAGAAGUGAUUGAGACGUACGGCGUCUAUGAGUCUACAAGAACGCACGUCGCGUCGUUUAAAAACAUUAAAGCAACAUUGAAUUAUUUUAAAAAAAUCGGUGUUGUAACAAUGCACACAAAAUACAACUUUUCGUCGAUUCUCGACCAGCGAAAUCAUACUCAAAAAGAAACGCGCUAUACAAGAAACAAAUUCCGUCCUUUCGGCCAAUACUUUAUAAACAGAGAAUCACAUCAACAUCAUUGUCGCGAUUUUUUUCGAAUUCAUUCAUCAGUAUAAUUCUCACAACUUUCGAGUCAAGGUCACUAUUUGGUUCCUAGAAGUAAAUAUAUAUUUUUAUAUAAACCACAAAAAUUUGAAUAAAUCCGUCGUUUGUUGUGUUUUCAUUCAGACGACACACAUGCACAUACCUAUAUGCGAAAUGUGUUUUAGUUCAAAUAAAUAUGAAAGACUGUAUUCUUUUUACAUAAUGUUUAGCAGUGUCAUUUUUAUGUUAGCCUCAUUUCACUAAGAAACUUAAAACGAGGCUUAUACACCCACACAAACAAAUGCAGUACUGAGCGGCUCCACAAUUUAAAGUUUAUUUAUAAACAUUCAAAACAGUUGGCUAGAAGGAAACCCCCUCUGUUCUGUUUUCACACAUCAUACCCAAUUCCCAUACAAACAUAAUAAUAUCUGAUAAAUUGCAACGCAUCUUGCACGAUGUAAUUAGGUGACUUUUUUCAUCUUUUCCACACAAGUAACCGAUUUUCUUUUAAUUAUUUUGUAUUCGAGAAAAUAGUGCAACUGAAGAGCGUCAUAAUCGUGUAACGAAAAUUUAAUUUCAAUUUGCUCUGGUCGUACGAAUGCUUGCUGUCAAAAAACAUAAAUAAAUCAGAAGCUGCUCUAAGCAUUUUGUACCAAAUGUUUUGAAAUGGAUUCAGUAUCGUAUGAGAAGAAUGUUAUCGGUUUUAAACGUUACAAGUUCAUCAAAGUACAGAGCAAAUUUUUAAAUCUAGUGUAAAUAAAGUUCAUUGCAAGAGAUCCACAAGCCCUAAUCUGAAUCCUUAUCAUAUCAAAUAUUGGGUAUAACAAAAUAACGAUGAUAACAGAUGGAUGACACGUGUAGGACUAAGUUUCUAAGAUGAUGAUUUAAAUCAUUUCACGACUUUCAAUUUGUCAUUAUAAACACUCGCAAAAGAAAAUCUAUGUCUAAGAGUUUUUUGCGAAAAGUCAAAAAAGAAAAUACUGAAAAAAUAAAUUUAAUAUUUUUA